UUUGCAGCUGUUUGCUAAAAACAGGAGAAAGACAGAUGAGUAAAAGUUGCCUAAAAUGUUGGUUUGUUCAUCGUUAGAGCCAACAGGUCAAAGUCAAAACCCCCUUCAACCAAUGAAUUAGAAAAUAAAAUCUAAAAAAAAAAUCCAACGGAAAAACCCAUCAAAAAAGAAAGAAAGCAAGAAAAGGCCACCUUGUUGUGGUGGUUUCCGAAACUCAGAGAUUUGUUUUUUGUUAACUGUUUUUUCUCUGUCAAAUCUCCCUCUCAACCUUUCUUACAGCCUUUGUUUUGUUUUGUUUUGGGGGUUUUCAUGUGAUUGUUUUGUUUAUUUAAUCCUUCAAAAUAAUGGGUCUUUUGAUUCUUCAUCGACAGGCUUGUAACUGAAGAGAUCAUGCAAUGUUCUCCACUGUUUCAUAAGAUUGAUGUUAUCUGCGUUUGUCAAUGCAUGAUUGAAUUCUGAAACUUUGGUUGUGUAUUUGGAAAUCAAGAAAAACCGGAGCAAAGUCUUAGGGUCGAUAGAGUUGCCAGUGUUGAUUUUAUGAAAAAAAUUGAUUGCCGGGUCAUUUGGGUUAGAAUAUGUAAGUUAUGGUAUCGGGGUCAUUAAUGCGAAUGAUGCCGCCCUGCUGGAGGCCUUCUUCUGUUGAGGGUGAAGCAUCUAGUAGUAGCAAUGAUGAUGGUAGGGUUGACGGGUUGUUGUGGUAUAAAGAUUCCGGAGAACAUGUUGCCGGUGAGUUUUCGAUGGCGGUAAUUCAAGCAAACAAUCUAUUGGAAGACACUAGCCAACUCGAAUCAGGUCCCUUGAGCUUAUUUGAAACAGGGCCUUAUGGGACGUUCGUUGGAGUUUACGACGGUCAUGGAGGCCCGGUGGCUGCUAGGUUUAUAAAUGAACACCUUUUCAGCUAUAUCAAGAAGUUUACAACCGAGAAUAACGGAAUGUCAGCGGAUGUAAUCAACAAAGCGUUUUUAGCUACCGAGGAGGAUUUUCUUGCUCUUGUUAGGAAGCACUGGCUAAAUGACCCGCAGAUGGCUUCUGUCGGUUCAUGUUGUUUGGUAGGAAUAAUCUGUAGAGGAAUGCUAUACAUUGCGAAUGCAGGAGAUUCUCGGGUGGUCUUAGGGAGACUGGAUAACGACUUUAAAGAGGUCAAGGCAGUUCAGUUAUCAUCCGAUCACAAUGCAAGUCUCGAAUCUGUGCGGGAAGAGUUGCAAUCAUUACAUCCCGAUGAUCCGCAGAUUGUGGUUCUAAAGCACACAGUAUGGCGUGUGAAGGGUAUCAUACAGAUUUCCAGAUCCAUUGGUGAUGCUUAUCUAAAGAAUGCGGAGUUCAACAGAGAACCUCUAUUGCCGAAGUUUAGAGUUCCCGAAUCAUUUGAUAAACCAAUCCUUAGAGCUGAUCCGGCAAUAUUAGUGCAUAAAAUUGACCCUGAAGAUCAUUUUCUUAUUUUUGCAUCAGAUGGUCUGUGGGAACACCUUAGCAAUCAGGAGGCCGUUGACAUUGUCAACACGUGUCCACGUAAUGGUAUUGCCAGGAAGCUUGUCAAAGCCGCUCUCCGUGAAGCAGCAAAGAAGAGAGAAAUGAGAUAUUCGGACUUGAAAAAAAUCGACCGUGGUGUGAGGAGACAUUUUCACGAUGAUAUAACAGUAAUUGUUUUAUUUCUGGAUUUCCAUCUGGUAAGCCACAGCUACUCGCAUGGCCCUCCGGUUUCAAUUCGAGGUGGUGUUGGAGUCGCCGGACAUGGCAUUUGCUAGUGCAACAGGUCCUAAACCUCUAUCAUUUGCUCCUUUUGGCAUUGAGAAACGCUUUUCUUUUCCAUUUUUCCUAUGUAUAGUCACGCAACUCGGCAACUUGUUUCCGUUAAUCCGUAAUAGAAUUCUCGAUAGAUGUCAGGUACCAGUUAGAGAGUGCCUUUCGGAGAAUUCCUCCGAAGUUCACUCUGUUUACCGACACAUGAUAAUCGAAAAUAUAUAAAUUCAUUGACGUAUAUGGUAUUGCCAAUUUGCCUGAA